UUUGGUGCUCCAACGACUAUCUUGGUAUGGGUGGAAAUCCGGUAGUCCUGGAGACUAUGCACCGCGUCCUCGACAAAUACGGCCAUGGCGCCGGCGGUACCCGCAACAUCGCUGGGAACGGUGCCCUCCAUCUCAGUCUCGAGCAGGAGUUGGCGCGCCUCCAUCGCAAGGAGGGCGCGCUUGUCUUCACGUCAUGCUAUGUUGCCAAUGACGCUACCCUGUCCACUCUCGGGUCCAAGAUGCCGGGUUGUGUUAUCUUCUCUGAUAGGAUGAAUCACGCGUCCAUGAUUCAAGGCAUCCGGCACUCUGGCACCAAGAAGGUCAUCUUCGAACACAAUGACCUGGCCGAUCUCGAAAAGAAGCUCGCGGAGUACCCGAAGGAGACUCCCAAGAUCAUCGCGUUCGAGAGCGUGUACUCCAUGUGCGGCAGCAUUGGCCCUAUUAAGGAGAUAUGCGAUCUCGCCGAGAAAUACGGUGCUAUCACCUUCCUCGACGAGGUGCACGCUGUGGGCCUGUACGGACCCCGCGGGGCCGGCGUCGCCGAGCAUCUCGACUACGACCUGCACAAGGCCGCCGGUGAUAGCCCGGACGCUAUCCCGGGCACCGUCAUGGACCGCGUCGACAUCAUCACGGGCACCCUGGGCAAGUCGUAUGGCGCCAUCGGUGGCUACAUCGCCGGCUCGGCCCGCUUUGUGGACAUGAUUCGGUCGUACGCUCCUGGCUUCAUCUUCACGACGUCCCUCCCGCCCGCGACGGUCGCUGGCGCCCAGGCGAGCGUCGUCUACCAGAAGGAGUACCUCGGCGACCGUCAGCUCAAGCAGGUCAACGUGCGCGAGGUCAAGCGCCGCUUCGCGGAGCUCGACAUCCCCGUCGUCCCGGGUCCCUCCCACAUCGUCCCCGUCCUCGUCGGCGAUGCCGCGCUCGCGAAGCAGGCGUCCGACAAGCUUCUUGCGGAGCAUGACAUCUACGUCCAGGCUAUCAACUACCCGACCGUCGCCCGCGGCGAGGAGCGCCUCCGCAUCACCGUCACCCAGCGCCACACGCUCGAGCAGAUGGACCACCUCAUCGGCGCCGUCGACCAGGUCUUCAACGAGCUCAACAUCAACCGCGUGCAGGACUGGAAGCGCCUCGGCGGGCGCGCGUCUGUCGGCGUCCCCGGCGGCCAGGACUUCGUCGAGCCCAUCUGGACGGACGAGCAGGUUGGCCUGGCGGACGGCAGCGCGCCGCUCACCCUCCGUAACGGCCAGCCGAACGAGGUGUCGCACGAUGCGGUGGUCGCCGCGCGCUCGCGCUUCGACUGGCUCCUCGGCCCCAUCCCGUCUCACAUCCAGGCGAAGCGGCUCGGCCAGUCCCUUGAGGGCACGCCCAUUGCGCCGCUGGCGCCGAAGCAGUCUAGCGGUCUGAAGCUCCCCGUCGAGGAGAUGACGAUGGGCCAGACCAUCGCGGUCGCUGCGUAAAGCU